UAGCCGCGUCUGGCAACGCUGUCGGCACACAAGACCUUUGGACCACCCGCUCCCCCGCCGCCCACAAAUCAGUUCAUUUCCAUCUUGAAAAAGAAAAUGGCGCGUGUUUUGGUUGGAGUAAAGCGUGUGAUCGACUACGCCGUCAAGGUGCGCGUCAAGCCCGACAAGACGGGCGUGGUCACCCAGGGCGUGAAGCACUCGAUGAAUCCCUUCGACGAGAUCGCCGUUGAGGAGGCAGUGAAGCUGAAGGAGAAGAAGCUGGCCGAGGAGGUCAUCGCCGUCUCCGUGGGUCCUGCCCAGUCCCAGGAGGUGAUCCGCACAGCCCUGGCCAUGGGCGCCGAUCGUGGCAUACACGUAGAGAUCCCAGCAGCCGAGUAUGAGCUCCUGCAGCCCAUCCACGUGUCCAAGAUACUGGCCAAACUGGCGCUGGACGAGAAGGCCGACCUGGUGAUCCUGGGCAAGCAGGCCAUCGACGAUGAUGCCAACCAGACGGCCCAGAUGACCGCCGCUGUCCUGGACUGGCCACAGGGCACCUUCUGCAACAAGAUCGAGAAGACCGAUGCCGGUCUGACCAUCACCCGUGAGAUUGACGGCGGUCUGGAGACGAUCAAGACCAAGAUACCCGCUGUCCUGAGUGCCGAUCUCCGGCUGAACACUCCUCGCUACGCAACGUUGCCAAACAUCAUGAAGGCCAAGAAGAAGCCUUUGAAGAAGGUCACGGCCAAGGAUCUCGGCGUGGACACCACUCCCCGCAUCGAGGUCAUCUCCGUGGAGGAUCCUCCAGUGCGCCAGGCCGGAGCCACCGUGGCCGAUGUGGAUGCCCUGGUGGCCAAGCUGAAGGAGGGCGGCCACAUCUAGAUCCUCCUCAACUAGCAAAUUGUGAGCGCAAAUUCUACGUUUUUAAUUAGUUGAAGUUAUCUAUCAGAAACGUGCAUUUAUCCCAGCCUCCGAUCGUCGGAUCUGCUGACAGGCUUUAAAUUCUACCCAUCCCCCGUGUGCUUUAAGUGAAAUCUAAAUUGGAAUUUAUUUUCAUUGUGUCCAGCUGUAAGAAUAAAGUGAUUGUAAGCUCUGAAAUUGUAAAAAA